AUGGUCAUCCAAGUCCGGAGAUUUCCCACCCGAGGAAACGGAACAGACUCCGCCAGCUCAAACUCCAACCCCGGUUUAGAAGAGCGGCAAUCCGACAUUCACUGGGAAGCUGCCGCUGAUGCGAUCCGAGCAAAUAUCCUCGCUACUCUACAAUGGGAAUUCCAUAACGGUCGAUGGGAGCAGGAGCAAUCCCAUCGGCUUAUAUGCGAUGGGUACCGCGGACUCGUAUUCGAAGACAAGACUCGCUUUGAUGGAGCUACUAUCGCUCAAGUCCGAGAGCAUUUCAAAGACUUCGUGGAUAACGAGCCCGGAGCUCUUGGUAACCGGUUUCGCUCAUGUCUGAUUAUCGACGAGGGGGCUUUGAAAUCAUUUAUCAGGUACCCCGAGCCUACUGCAACGGAGGAAAUUGGCACCUGGGUGACAUUUAUCGAACCCAAAUACGAGCCAGUUACUCAAUACGAAGGCUAUAUGCGCAUUCACCUCAGCCGACUCUGCCGGCUCGCGUGUUUGGGAGAUGUGGUGCCAAUGUCUGAAAUGUGUACCAUUUCUGAAGGUAUUGCCUGUUACAAUGAUUUCUGGAAGAGCACUAUACAGAAUGGCCUCAUGUGGUUUGAAUGUACGCUGUUUAUCUACAUCCUACUAGGGCCAAGCGAUGUGAAGACGUACAAAGCUCUUUGGGCGCCAAUUUUCAUCCCUAUCAAUCUCAUCAAAUUAUGA